AUGGUUUUUAAGAAGAAGUUAGUUUGCUACAUUAGUAGCAUCUUUGGUCCAAUUGGAGGGUGGCAAAGAGCCAAAGCUUCUGGUGAUUCAGAUAAUGUGAUUGAUAAGGCAUCAAGAUUGGAAGAUGAUGAAGAGGAAUUAAUGGAGGAGAAGGAGUUGUGUUGUGUUUGUUUGUCAAGGCUGAACAAAGGAGAUGAGGAGAAACGAUCACUACCGUGUGGCCACGAGUUUCAUGGAGAAUGUAUAGAGUCAUGGUUGAGCAACACUCGUCGGAAAACGUGUCCGGUGUGCCGGUUCUUGGUGGAAGAUGGUGAAGAGGAGAGCAUCCAAAGAGAGUUCUUGACGGAUGAAAUGAUGGUAUGGUUUUCUUCAUUUCACGUCGCUGGCUUCUGA